UAUAUAUAAAACAUGUUUACUCCAAAUCGGUAGACAAGCCUAAGAAAAUGAAUGUGAGGGUUUUUUCUCUCGGCCAGCUCCUGGCCGGCUUUAUUAUGUUCCUCUCAUCAUCAGCUUCCUCUCCACCACACGAUGAGCUGAAACCCCGCACCAGGGGCGGAAACCAUCACGAUCACGGGCAGCAGGAGAGCCCAUCAAACGGCUGUGAUCUGUUCGAGGGCAGCUGGGUCUUGGACGCCUCUUAUCCACUCUACAAUGCGUCGCAAUGCCCUUUCGUCGCCUCCGCCCUCAACUGUCAGAAGAACGGCAGGCCUGACGACGCCUACCUUCACUACAGAUGGCAGCCCACUGCCUGUCAGAUCUCCAGGUUUGAUGGGAGGGCAUUUCUGGAAAGAAUGAGGGGCAAAAAGGUAAUGUUUGUGGGGGACUCACUGAGCGCAAACCAGUGGCAAUCAUUGGCGUGCAUGCUUCACGCCGCUGUCCCAAACGCCAUCUACGUGUUGGGUUCACGUGGACCGCUCACCACUCUUUCUUUUCCGGAAUACGGCGUCUCAGUUAUAUUCCUAAAAAAUGGAUUCUUGGUCAGCCUAGUGGGUCGUACCCUAAAGCUCGACGCCCUCAGCAGAAGCGAUAUGUGGCUGGGACUCGACGUAUUGAUCUUCAACUCAUAUCAUUGGUGGCUACAUAGCGGACGUUUUCGAACAUGGGACAGCUACCAGAUUGGCGACAAGAUAUUCAAAGACAUGGAUGUGAUUGAAGCAUAUAGGAUAGCUCUGACUACAUGGGCUAACUGGGUUGACUCCAACGUUGAUCCCGUCAGGACUCGUGUCUUUUUUCAAGGAAUUUCCGCCUCUCAUUACCGUGGCACAGAAUGGAAUGAACCCAACGUGCAGAACUGCAGUGGACAGACGAGGCCGGUGGAGGGGUCGACUUACCCGGGGAACAAACCUCCAGGCGAUGCAGUGGUGAAGGGGGUGCUGAGUAGUAUGAAGAGACCUGCGGUUCUGCUGGACAUAGCUCUACUGACUCAAUUGAGAAAAGAUGGGCACCCGUCGACGUAUAGCGACGUAAGGCUGGACUGCAGCCACUGGUGCCUUGCCGGUGUGCCGGAUACCUGGAAUCAACUCUUGUACGCAGUUCUUGUAGAGAGUUAGGAACUUGUUUUGCCCUCUCGGGAGUUGGAGGAACUCAGUGCAUGCAUGGGAAAUAACAAGAGUUUGUUCUGAUUGAAAUGGAA